AAGCCUGACAAAUAGGAAAAUACUACAAAGUGAAGAGAAAAUUCACUUCACGAGAACUGAGCUCUGCUUUCAUUGGCUUUUAAAUUUUAUUUGUAUUAGUAACUGAUUAGUGUCAAAUCAUCUCUAGGCUACUGUGGUGAAGUUAUUAGGUUAAAGCUGGAAAAAAUGAAACAAUUAAAAAGAAAAAGGAAAAGCAAUUUUAGCGUUCAGGAAACUCAAACUCUACUUAAGGAAAUCAGGAAAAGGAGAGAAGUACUCUUUUCAAAGCAACUUAAUACAACAAUUAAUGAGUUGAAACGAAAAGCUUGGGAGGAAAUAGCAGAGUGUGUAAAUGCUGUAGGUGAAGGAGAGCAAAGAACAGGGACAGAAGUGAAAAGGCGAUACCUUGACUGGAGAGCACUCAUGAAGAGAAAACGUCUGAAUGCAAACAUCAAAGUAGUAGGUGCUGGGUUUCACCUUCCUUCAUCCAAUUUAGAUGACUCUCUCAAUGAAGACAUGGAUGAGAAAAUGGGAUUUGCAAUUGAAUCUAGUUUUGAAUGGCAAAAUAUCACUGACUUCAGAGAAGCCGGUGGAUCUUUAACAGAAAUCAAAGUAGAAGAGGAAGAGGAGGAUCCACAGAAUUUUGAAUUUCCUAUUGAGGAAGAAGAAGAAAUUUUGUCAUCAGUUUUGCCAGAUUCAAAAAAGGAAAAUGACUUACCAGAGUUCCCCCAGAUUGAGGAGUUUGGAAGUCUAAGCUCUGUUCAAGCUAGGCUAGCCUAUGAAGAUUCUCACUUGCUUAUAAACCUGGAGAAGCAGAAGGUGGAGCUGGAGAAGCAGCGACUAGAUAUUGAAGCCGAAAGGUUGCAAGUGGAGAAGGAGCGCCUGCAAAUCGAAAAAGAACGGUUGCGGCAUGUUGACGUGGAGCGUGAGAGACUUCAGAUUGAGAAGGAGCGGCUUCAGAUUGAAUGGGAGAAACUCAGGCUAGAGAGACUGCAUGCUGAAAAGCCUGCCCUGGAAAAUGACCUCACCCAAACAGAAAAACCCAUCAUGCAGCCACUGGAUCUAGAAACUGAGAAGCUAAAACUUGAAAAAGAACGUUUGCAGUUAGAGAAAGAGAGGCUGCAGUUCCUGAAGUUUGAGUCAGAGAAGCUGCAGAUUGAGAAGGAACGCUUGCAAGUGGAGAAGGAGCGCCUUCGAAUUCAGCGAGAGGGUCACUUGCAGUGAACUUCUCAAUGGAAGUGUCAAUGUUAGCAUUUUGAUGUUUUAAAAUAGAGGUAGUUCUUUUCUUAAUACUGAGGUCACCCUAGUGGUGAAACAUUCUUCUGUUCAGAGUUGAAUGUUGAUGUUAAAAUGAAAAAGAAAAAAAAAAAGAAAAAGAAUGGUGCUCAAUAUGUCUGUGUGCCUACAUAAAUGCGCUUAUGUGUGAAGUUGCUUUUCAGUGUAUCAGAACUAAGUGUUAUCUUCUCUUGUCUUCAGUAU